UAAAAUUGCAGAAGAAGGAGAGUAUCAUUUUGUACUCUCUGCUCUUCUGAUCGCUUCGUCGCUGUGGGAAAUUUGGGAGCCAUGGAGGAGGUUGAUCAUCUCGCACACGAGAGGCAGACGGCUGAGUUUGAUGUGGAGGCGAUGAAGAUCGUAUGGGCUGGAUCCCGCCGCACCUUCGAGAUCGCAGAUCGGAUGUCCCGUCUUGUAGCAAGCGAUCCGGAAUUUAGGAAGGAUAACAGAAACAUGCUUGGUCGCAAGGUGCUAUUUAGAAACUCUCUGAGAAAAGCUGCUCAUGCAUGGAAACGCAUCAAUGAGCUCCGUCUAACUGAGGAAGAGGCAGCAAUGUUAAGAGUAUUUGUGGAUGAGGCUUCUUAUGUGGACUUGCAUUGGGGCAUGUUUGUUCCUGCUAUUAAAGGGCAAGGAACUGAUGAACAGCAGAAGAAGUGGUUAUCCUUGGCCUAUAAACUGCAUAUUAUUGGCUGCUAUGCACAAACUGAACUUGGUCAUGGUUCAAAUGUUCAAGGCCUUGAGACAACUGCGACCUUUGAUCCUGAAACUGAUGAAUUUAUCAUCCACAGUCCUAAUCUGACUUCAAGCAAAUGGUGGCCUGGUGGCUUGGGGAAAGCAUCUACACAUGCGGUUGUUUAUGCCCGUUUGAUAACAGAUGGACAGGAUUACGGUGUUCAUGGAUUCAUUGUCCAAUUACGAAGCCUUGACGAUCACUCACCGCUCCCUGGCAUCACUGUUGGCGACAUUGGCAUGAAAUUUGGAAAUGGUGCCUACAACACAAUGGACAAUGGUGUUCUAAGAUUUGAUCAUGUUCGCAUACCAAGAGAUCAGAUGUUAAUGAGGCUUUCAAAGGUCACAAGAGAGGGAAAAUACAUUCAAUCUGACGUUCCAAGGCAGCUUGCUUAUGGAACAAUGGUUUUUGUACGACAAGCCAUUGUAUCGGAUGCUUCUAAAGCUCUCUCUAGGGCAGUCUGUAUUGCAGUAAGGUAUAGUGCUGUUCGCAGGCAAUUUGGCUCACAGGAUGGUGGUCCUGAGACUCAGGUGAUUGAUUACAAGACUCAACAAAGCAGGCUUUUUCCCUUGCUUGCUUCAGCAUAUGCAUUUAGGUUUGUAGGUAAUUGGUUGAAGUGGCUUUACACGGAUGUGACACAAAAGUUACAGGCUGGGGAUUUUGCAACUUUACCCGAGGUGCAUGCAUGCACAGCUGGUUUGAAGUCUCUGACAACUUCUGUUACUGCUGAUGGCAUUGAAGAAUGUAGAAAACUCUGUGGCGGACAUGGUUAUCUGUGCAGCAGUGGGCUUCCUGAAUUAUUUGCUGCUUAUGUUCCCUCAUGCACAUAUGAGGGAGACAAUGUUGUCCUACUCUUGCAGGUUGCAAGGUUCCUCAUGAAGACAGUUUCUCAGCUUGGAUCUGGAACGAAGCCCACUGGUGCUGCGGCAUACAUCGGCAAAGCUGAAUAUUUGUUGCAGUACAAAUGCAAUGUUCGAAAAGCUGAAGACUGGUUGAACCCUUCUGUCAUCCUCGAAGUAUUCGAGGCCAGGGCAGUUAGACUAGCAGUUAUUUGUGCUCAAAAUAUAAGCAAAGCAUCCAACCCAGAAGAAGGCUUCUCUGAGCUAUCUGCUGAUUUAAUUGAGGCUGCUAUAGCUCACUGUGAAUUAAUCAUUAUAUCCAAGUUUAUUGAUAAGGUUCAGGAAGACAAUGAAGGACGUGGGAUUAAGGAGCAGCUACAGAUCCUCUGCAACAUAUACGCACUCUCUCUUCUUCACAAGCAUCUUGGUGAUUUCCUCACAACCAAUUGCAUUAGUUCUAAGCAAGGCGCCCUCGCAAAUGAGCAACUUCGGGCUUUAUACACUCAGCUUCGGCCAAACGCCGUGUCUCUUGUGGAUGCAUUCAACUACACCGACCAUUAUUUGGGCUCUGUUCUCGGUCGUUACGACGGCAAUGUUUACCCAAACCUGUAUGAAGAGGCAUGGAAGGAUCCUUUCAAUGAUUCUGUUGUGCCUGAUGGCUACCAUGAGUAUGUUCGCCCUUUACUCAAGCGGGAAUUGAGAUUCUCAAGACUCUAAAAGGGCUUCGCGGCCAUUAUUUACAGAAAGGGGUCAAAUACUACUCGUUUAAUGUGUAAGAUGGUUGAUGAUAUCUCAAGUUAUUUACUUUUUGUUUAUUUUCAAGUAGAAAUUUUUGCAUUUCUUUGUUAAUAAUUCAUGAUCAGUUCAUGAUCAAUUCUGUCAACUGACUUUGUGUGUCAUUGGGUUUAUAUACCGAGCUCUUGUUUUUCGCUUUUGUUGCUACAACUCUGAAAAUCUACCCGUGUUGUAUAAUGUUUAUGAAUAGUGAAAAUAUUGAUUAUGUUGUA